AAUUCUUCUAGCUAGAGGAAAAUAGAGUGCUUCUGCAUUUACUUCGCUUUUCGUUGAGCUACAGGCGGUGAAAAAUGCAUUUCCUUGGCUCGCGAUUCACACUCGCAAAUAAGUAACACGGAGAGUGUUAAAAAAAAGCGUGUCGGUCUUGGGUGUACUGCAGCUCCAUCAGCAAUUGCAUUUGUGACCACAGUGUCUGUGACGGAGGCGCUAGUGAUAGUGUUAACAGAAGGCGUUGACUUAGACGUCAGAUUUUACGUGCUUCCGUGCGGUUGUGUAAGAAAACAAAAUAUAUAGAAAACUAUAUAUCGAAAGCAGUCGACGCGAAGUAGCAGAAUUAGCAGCAGAGGGAAGCAAUAAAGUGUGUAUCGUUAAAGGGGACUACGUGACCUGCUGGCUGCAAACAUGAGAAAGCGUACGUCAGAUUACUACAGUUCCGAUACGGAUCAAAUGGUGGCCACUGAGGACAUUGGAGUCAAGGCUCCUGUAGUAGAUGACUAUCAAGAUAUAUUUGUGAUGCGCCCGCAAACACACUCCAACUAUGGCGAUAGCUUUAGGGAAGCAAAACGUCUCUACGAUAAUGGUAAUGAGGAGGUGCGAAAAUUACUGCUAAAAGAAUGUAGCCUGAUAUAUGAAUGUAGGAAGUGUCGCAAUAUGUUCCGAAGUCUGACGCAGUUCAUCGGUCAUAAAAGAGUAUUCUGCCGCAGCAAAGUACAUAGUGACGAUGACAAUACGGAGGGAGAUGAUUACAAUGGAUUCUCGAGCAAUCAUGUAAUGGCGGCCAAAGAAAUUAGUAGUAAAAAAAAUCGGAGCAGUGACUGUGUUUUGCAAAAAAUUGAUGAAGCUGUGCAACCGACCAGAAAGUUGAGUGAAAGUAAUGAACUUAUGGACGAAAAAAUAAUGGCUGGUGAAAGUACGGAGCAAAUGGUAGACCACACUGGAAAUGAAAAAUUGAAAAACAUAAUCGCUUGCCCCCAGGAGCUGUGUAAGCUGAGUUUUUCCAACACCAAAGAACUUGAAAUACACUUCUCUCAAGAUCAUACUAAAACAACGCUACUUACGCCACCAGCUGAGCAAGUUGCUCCUGAGCACCUAGUUAUUACAAGAGCGAAGCGAAUUCUGUCGACUAAUUGUCACAAAUGUGAACACUGUGGAAAGGUUUUCGAACUCAAGGAAGCUCUGGCGACGCAUCUCUUGCAUUGCCCGGUUAAACAUAAUAUUUUGAGCAAAACUCUUUCGGCUGGAAUAAGCGAUCAAUCCGUUACAAAACGCCAAAAAUUGCAAGCAUCGACAGAUGGUACCACUACAGAGCUUCAUCCAAGCGCUGAAACUUGCAAAAAUGAUAACACAGAGAAGGCAAUAGAAAAGGUGCCUGCAGUGGCAGGCAAUAUCGCGGUGGCAGAUUCGGACCGUACCAUAGUUGUAAAACGGGAAUACGUCUCUCAAGAAAAUGGCGUCUGCGCUAACACAAACAUUACAGCGAAGAAGAGGAAAUUGAAGAAUCGCAGAGUUCUGACCAGCAACACUUGCACAAAUGCUAUUUCCAUAUCGAAUGUUGAAGAAGUAUCGCAAGUAAAAGAAGAAACAAGCAGAGGAGUCACCGGUACUGAAACAAAAGUUAGAUCAGAAAGCGGCGGUAGCAGUGAUGGUAGUGAUUUGGAACCCAAAAAAUUACUGUCCACUUGCACUUAUUGUGACAAGUCAUUUGAACGUCGUGCUGCGCUAUCCACCCAUCUUCAGCACUGUUCGGUGAAGCAAAGCGUCCUUGAACAUACAUCUAUUUAUGGCAUCAGCGUUUGUACGAAGAGAUCCAGGCUCCAUUCAUCGGCGGAGAAAUCCUCAAAGGAAACACGUCAACAAAUUAUGGUUGCCACUGCUGAAGAUGAUCCCGAUACAGAGCUUUUAAAUGAAAUGUUUGCCAAUCUUGGUAGACAAGACUUCGGUGUGGGCUUGCGGACUGUUAUAAUUGACCAAGAUGACUUGACAGCUUCCGGUACUGAUGAUGCUAAGGACGACGAGGAAGAAGUUAAACCGGCUAACACUUCCACCGAAGUGAUUGAAAACUCCCCGGCAGAUGUCAGCGUGGCUGGUAGCGAGAAUACGCCUGGUAUGACAAGUAAUGAAAGCACGCCUGAAGCAAAGGAGGAGGACAUGGAGACAAAGGCAGGCCGCCGUAUGCGAACUGGGCCAAUGGAAAAGCGGCUGUUGUGUCGCUGUAAGAUAUGCUAUAAGCAAUUCACCGCUUUAAGUAAUUUGCGACGUCACAUAUCCAUGUUCCAUUAUAGGGCCCAACGUUUUGGUUGUACGUUAUGUGAAUAUCGUGCUUUUCGACGUUACGACAUUGUCAACCAUUUGUGCAAUACACACGGAAUGAAUGGCGAUCCUGAGGCGAUGUCAAUCGAAUUCGUUUCGGAACAGCAGGUUAACUAUAGCCGAGAAGAUGUUGAAGGUGACAUUGUCGUACUCGAUGAGGGCAAUGAUUUGAAUCCAUUGAACGAGUCGGUCGAAAACGUUGAAAACGGCAAUGAACCUAUGACAAAUGUGAAGCGUCUAAAACGUAAUAAAACUAUUGCUAGUUCAAGUGGACCGAGCAUCACGAUGAGCAAGAUUACCAGGCAGAAAUUAAAGCGGUCGCAAUCACAGCACGAAACUUGCACUGGUGGUAUGAAAACCCCGGCAAGGCGUCCCAUAAGGAAUCGCAUAAAACCUGAAAAUAAAGACUUUGUAUAUGAUCUCUCCAGUUUGGUUAAAAAAGACAACAAUGCCCCACAAAGCGAUGUAACCCGCACUCUCAGGCGGCGUAAUACAGCCAACACAGGCUCAGCAGAGGCUAUAACGCCUUGCAUAGAAUCACUCUUAGGACCCGCCGAUAGUAGAGAACAUAUACGCGGCGCUUUAGGCCGUUUAACUGCGAUGGUUAUAAGUAGUGGGGCGGCAGCAUCUUCUACACAGCCCGAGUUACCAGCAGAAAGACCACAAAUGCGACCACGCGUGAACGCGACGCAACGCGCAGACAAUCAUUCAGUUCCAGUUAUUGAAACCAGCGAUUUAGAAGCUGCGCGCCUACAAUCCACGUUGCUGGAAGACACAUUUCUCGGUAAAGUAGCUAAAACUUCACCAACAUCAUUCAAGAUUAAACCUGCAUUAUCGCUGCAUACCAGCACGCUAAGUUGGCUGCUGGAAAAAGUCGAUUCAUCGCUACACCAGAAUGCCAAAAGCAAAUCUUCGCCUAGCAGUACUUUGUGCAAUGAUGAAAAUGGUAUCAGCAGUAUACAUGUCUCCCCGCCUCCGUCAAUUCCACGAGCAAAUGCUCCACCGCCUACGCCGCGAAAACGCAUCACAAUGAUUGAUCGCCUGCGCAAUGAAACCUGCAAAUAUCGCGAUAGUCUAUUACGAUCUGCAUUAGAAGACUAAAUGGAAAAAAAGUUACGAUUAAUUUUUAUAAUUAUAUUUAUUAGUCUAUUUUAGAUUAUGUGUAAUCAAUCAAUAUUUGAUAGUACCUAACUGUAUCACCACCAACUUCAUAUACAUUUGUUUACAAAACUUAAAACCUACCAAUUUCUUUGAGUAGCAUUUGUGAAUUCGAUACAUUUGUAUACAUGAAUCCUUUUAUCCAUAUAUCUCCGAGUGCGUAUACAUUAAAUACAUACAUAUGUAAGUAUGAAGAUUUCUGCUGUACAUAAGAGCAUACAUUUGUAAGAGUGUAGUGUAAAAUAUAUAAUUCACGUACCUUGUACACUCAAACGAAAUUAUUGUGUAUUUCGUGUGAGAUGAAGCCUUAAAAAAUAAAGAAUAAAAUAGCAAAAAAUUUUCUAGCUGUAUACAAUAUUCAUCAUCA